AUGAAUACAAAAGAUUUGUCGUUGGCAAUCUAUGUUGCCAGAUUCAAGUAUUACAAUGGCUGUCUCUCUAUAGAUGAUUCUGUAUCGACAAUUGGAAAGUCACUAUUGCCAGAGAAACCAACUGGCAGGUGUCGGGAAACGAAAACAGCCGUCAAGUUUGGCUUCAAAUAUUCUAAGGAUGUCAUGAAAAUAAACAAGAAGAAAAGAGAUAUCAGCUGUGAAAAGGCGAAUGGCCUGGAUAUACGAAAUAUCAUUUGCAUCUUGAAGAGCCAGUGCAAGCACGAGGCAACAAACAUUUCCGUUGACAUCGCUACAGAGUGUCGAGAAAUAAUUGAUCGGGUAAAGAUGAAAUUCAACUUUCAAACGUUGUCUCGCUGGGUCACGGAUCUUGUGGAAUGUCUAGUGCUAGCGUACGGCUUUGAAUUCGAACCUUCUGAGGCAACAGAAGAGCUCAUUCAAAUUGUGUUGGACAGCAUCCAUCUUCUUAUUGGCAAAAAUAAAACCACGCGUUUUACCGACCAGUUGCUCGCUAUUUUCAUCGAAUUGGCGUCUGAGGCACAUCCUAAGGAGAAAGCCAAAGUAGCACGCUCGCUAAUUGAAUCCACAUCGCCAUUUGAAUUAUCCAGGCCUUUUUUCAAAUCUCAAGUACUUGCAAAUUGCUUUUGUGUUUGUCAGGGGAAGAUUCUUCAGCAGUUGCUUACGUUGGUGCAUGUCUACGUUACAACAUACGAUUCAGAGAGAAUCAAGUGUGCAAGGUCCACGAUUUUAGCGUCAAUUUUAUACUUCGACCAUCAUGAAGUCCUAGAAAUCUUCAAUUCAUUAAGUUGGUAA